AUGGCCAUAAGUUGGGGUGACGGCACAAAAGAGGAGUUUUUGGGCGAGAGAACAAGAAACUACAAUACGUUCGUGAUGAAGAACCCGAAAGUUUUCUUUGACAUAUUGGUAGGAAAUGCCAAAGCCAGUCGAGUUGUGAUGGAAUUGUUUGCAGACACUGUACCCAAAACUGCUGAGAAUUUUCGAGCACUGUGCACUGGAGAAAAAGGAAUUGGAGCUUUGGGGAAGCCAUUGCACUACAAGGGAUCUAAGUUUCAUCGUAUUAUUCCUAAUUUUAUGUGCCAAGGUGGGGAUUUCACAAAGGGUAAUGGGACAGGUGGAGAAUCGAUUUAUGGAGGGAAAUUUGACGAUGAGAAUUUCACCCUAAGGCACACCGAGCCAGGUCUAUUAUCAAUGGCAAAUGCAGGGCCUAAUACCAAUGGUUCGCAGUUCUUUAUAACCACUGUGAAGACACCGUGGCUUGAUAGAAAGCAUGUGGUUUUUGGAAAAGUUGUUGAUGGUUAUAGUGUGGUGAAGGAGAUGGAGAAGUGUGGUACAGAGAGUGGAUCUCCUUCUGUACCUGUUGUAAUACAAGAUUGUGGUCAGAUAACUGAGGAUUAG